ACGGAGACAUUGGCCUUGCUUAAGGAAGGGGAGGUCAUAGAUCUGACUGGUAGAAUAGGCGACAAGGUGAAAAAGGAGAUUGAAAGCCUACAUGAGCGGGUGCACGGGGUUAACAAUAAAAUUGAAAGGAUGGAGGGCGCGCUACUGGUUAUGCAGGCGCAAGUAUCCCGCCCCUCCCUCCCUCCCCAGGAAGUUGUGGUUCCGCCAGGUGUAGCCAACCAGGGAUUCGCAUGGAGAGAUCCUGCUAACGAGCAAUGCAAGUACUGCACCGCGAUGGGACAUUAUGUACGUGCAUGCCCAAAGCUCAACCAUGAUAUCUUAAAAAGAAGAUGCACCAGGUCCUUAAAUGGAGAGAUAUUCGGACCACAGGGAAAGCGGGUGAAUUGGAACUCACCAGGGGGAAUGCGAAGAGUCGUUAUCAUGCUCAACGGAUUAGAGAUAACGACCGUAGAAGCUGAGCCAGUAGUCAAUAUCGUCUGGGAUCAACAGCGGGCCUGCGGGCCGCAGGUCAACUUUAUUUUGGAAAGCGAUGGACGUGAUAGGGUAAACGUGACCACUCGACUAGGAACGGCUGGGAGAAGGAUAAACCGUGACGACAUUAUGGAGGAGGUCGCCGGAAGCUCCGAACUUCAGGCAGAGCCUGAGGCCGAGGAACCUGAGAAAGUCUAUGGGAAGCCUAGGGAAGAGGAGCUUGCGGACAAGGUUACCGCCGCUAAGAAGAAGUUUCGGUAUCAAAUCCCGAUCCUAAACUCGUCGGAGAUCGAUGACACCAUUAGCAAGUUGUUAGGAACCAUGGUAUCGGUAUCUUUCCAGACCAUGCUGCAAGCUAGUCCUAGGUUGCUCAAAGGGCUUAGACAACUGUUGACUCGGAGGCGAGUAGAAAUAGGCGACAAUCCCGAAUUACCGGAGGGGGAGAAGGAGGAGGAAGCUCCACAAGAAGUGGCUAACCUUCAGAGGAGUCGCGGGGACUUGGAGGAUCUCGAAAAAGCCUUUGCAGACAUCCGCUUGAGCUUGCCCGACCGAGAGGGCGGCGAAGUCAUGAGGUCACCACUCGGGACAAAGCUUAGCUUUCAUGCACUACCCGUAGGGAAGCUGAAAGUCCAGAUCGGGAGUCAUCAUACCGACGCAUUAGUAGACGGGGGAACAGAAAUCACUCUCAUAAGAAUAGACUUUGCGACAAUCACGGGAUGUACGGUGAACAAGGAAGUAACAGGGAGCAUCCAGGGAGCUGGCGGGAAAAUCCAGUUCACUGGUUACGUCACGAAGUGCGCUGUGAAGGCAGGAGUCAGGGAAUCAAUUUGGUCAUUUCAGCGGAUGACCGUAAUGGAGGAAAUGGACCACGACAUAAUCCUCAGGAGGCCGUGGUGCACGAACGUGGAGAUGAUAGGCAUGCACUUUCACGAUGACUCAUACAUGAUAGACAUAGAGGAUCCCGUGACCGACCAGGGAGAGCUCUUUCGACUCCUUGGAACGGGAGGAGAUCCCCCGAAGGGCAAAUUGGCAACAUGGUCGCCGUCUUUCGAGGAUAGUACGCGAAAAGGGGCUUUCGCACGGAUGGAGGAUCUGUACUCGGGGUACGACCAACUUCCGUUGGAUGUUCGGGACAGGCUGUACACCGCUAUGCACACCCCCGUAGGCCAGCUACAUAUGCAAGUGACUCCUAUGGGAUUCACAAACUCGGUGGCCGAAGCGCAACGUAGGAUGCUCGCCGUGGCCGGGGACAUGUUCCCGAAGAAAUGUGAGCCUUACAUCGAUGACAAUCCGAUCAAAGGCGCGCAGGAGAAGGACGAGAUGGAAGUCCAGCCAGGAAUCCGAAGUUUUGUGUGGGACCACCUGCAGGACAUCAAGGACUUACUCCGGCGGUUCCUAGUAUACAACAUUACGGCAAUUGGACCAAAGAGUAUCCUAGCGGUGCCGGAGGUAACUAUACUAGGAUUUCGUUGCGGUGCUUACGGCAGGAAACCGGAUCCAGCAAAGACCGAUAAAAUAUCACAGUGGCCGACACCACUGCGCACGACGACGGAGUUUGAUUAUAAGAUCGAACAGAUUGCGGGAAUUAGGAACAAGGCUGAUGGGCUGAGCCGAGUCUGCAUCACUCCCGAAGGGGUGGAGGAUGCGGAACCCAUAGAUGCGUUCCUCGAAUACGAAGGAGGAACUCUUGCGGUGGAUAACGAAAUGAUGAGCGAAGAAUGCACAUCGGGAGAACUAUUGAUCCAGACUUUGGAGAAGGCGGCGCCUGCCGUAGUAGCAGAACUUAGAGAAGGACCAGUCACCACUCGAGGGCACAAAGAAGAAAAGGACUCGUGGGGAGCGAUAGUGGUACCGAAAGAGGAGCUAAUAGCAAUGGCAGUCGAAGGAGGCCGCGAAGCAGUGAUGAGCUUAGUGGAAUCUUGGGAAAGGAAAGAGUUACAAUGGAUGGUCGGGACAUCUGGUCCACCUCGACCUUGCGGGCCUGUAUCAACGGACGGGUACAUGUAUAUCCUGGAUGCGCGAGACAACUUGAGUGGGUUCGUGGAGGCAGUCGCCCUCAAGAAGAAGACAGGGAGGAGUGUGGCAGACUGGAUAAAAGAUUUCUACUUGAGGCAUCCGUUCGUCAGGAGGUUUAUAGCAGACAAUGGGACGAAAUUUGUGAACCAAGAGGUAUUGGGGAUGCUCAAGAGACUCUGCGUGCCGAUCAAACUCGUCGAGCCGUAUCACCCUGAGGCCAAUGCACCUGUGGAAAGGGGGCACCGAACCUUGAAGAAUAUGAUUGCAAAGCUCGCAGCGGACCAUCUGGGGAACUGGCCUAGGUAUCUUAAGCAGGCUGUCUUUGCAGAGAAUAUGACCCCUAAAAGGACAACAGGAUGUAUCCCGGCAGAGCUUUGGUAUGGAAGGGAGAUCGACUUUCCUGUGGAAGCCUUGGUACGUACCUGGAAUAGGUUAGAUGAUAAUCCGCGAAUGACCACUGAAGAAUUAAUCGAGGCAAGAUGUCAACAAAUCCUUAAGAAUGAGGAGGUCAUGGAAGACAUCGCCAACCGGGUACUAGACACCAGAAUGAGGGACAAAACAAGGUGGGACCAGGUUAAGAAUGUCAGAAAGGAGCCACUCCAAGUGGGAGAGAUGGUAUUGCUAAGGAACUCAGCACUAGAAAGUACUUGGUCGGGACAACUGGGAAAAAGGUUUAAAGGCGCCUACCGGGUCGCCAAGCGGGUGAGACUGAACACCUUCGAACUGGAAGAUUUGGAUGAAACUGGAUUGAAAUGGCCCUUUCCUGACCAGCGAUUGGUCAGGUUUCUGAGUCGAGACCCGGUGGAACAGUGGCUUCAGGAGGCCGAACAUAAGGAAACUGAGGAGCCACAAGCUAAGGACUGACCACAACCUUGGCCAAACUCUUGGUUGUCUCUGACCAUGUUCAUGGGACUGUCAUUUAUUUUUAUUU